AUGGCGUGGAGAAACAUUUCUGUAUCUGUAUUCUACUCAACAUCAAGAAGCAUAAUGGUGCGUUGGAGUCGAUUUGAGGGCGCAAGCUCCUACAUGGUCACAGCCACUCUCCCGAACACAGUCAUUACCUCUGCCUUUGCCCAGUUUGGUGGAAACACAGUGCUGGGCUCCCUGAAUGGUCUAACCACUAACACCCUGUACACGCUGAGGGUGGUGGCCCUGAACUCCAGUGGGAACGAGGAGGCUCAGGGACAGGUGGACGGACGCACAGCCCCAGAUGUGCCCACUAUCGAGCUGGCCACAUCCAAGCAGAGCGACAGCAUCACCGUGGAGUUCCAGGAGGUGACCGGAGGAGCGUCCUAUCUGGUCCGCACCGAGAGUCCGGAUGGUUCCUUCCUCCAAACAGCCGUGUCCACCUCCCCGGCCACCGUCCAGGGCCUUCAGCCCUAUACCGAGUACAUCGUCAGCCUGCUGUCCCUCAACAGCCUGGGGGGACAGAGCCAGCCGUCACUGCCUGUGACGGUCAGGACAGUGUUGCCGGCUCCUGUGCUGAACACCAGCUCUCCCAGUAGUGACACCAUCGAGGUAGAGUGGGACCCAGUGGACAACGCCGUGCAGUACACCCUCACCAUCACCCUGGACUCCGCGCUGGUCGAGGAGGUCAACAUCACCUCCAGCACUGCCCACACCCUCUCGGGCCUGGCCCCAGGCAGCAUCCACCACAUCCAGGCCUACGCCUGGGAUGCGCAGGGCCGACCCGGGGACAGCAGCAGCGUGACACAGAUCACACGUCCUGCUCAGCCGGUGGACUUCCAGCUGUCUGUGGGGUGGGACCCACUGUCCCUGGUGGUGACCUGGGCUGAGACCCAGGGGGCUACCGAGUACACGGCCCUCAGCUCCACCGGGCUGGAGUGCUCCUCAGCGGGCUCCUCCUGCUCGCUCACUCCUCUCUACUGUGGAGAGAGCAUGACCGUCACCCUCACCGCCAGCAACCAGGCCGGCCCCAGCCUGCCCUCCCAACUCAAGCACUUUGCAGGCAUUCCCUGCCCACCAUCUCCAAUAUGGCUGACGGAGCCUGAGCCGGAGCGUUGCCUGGUGGCAUGGGACGCGGUGGACACGGCCGACUACUACGUCACCUUCCUGAAGCGCGCAGACGGCAUCGAGACGCUGUGCAACUCCACGGAGACCUCCUGCAACUACACCUGUCUAUGCGGAUACACGUACGUCAUCAGCGUACACGCCUACAACGAGGUGGGCUCCAGCCCCCCCGGCCCCCUGGUCAACUAUACCACACUCCCCUGCUGCCCGUCGGACGUGUCCAUCUCGCUAAUGUCCCCGGAGACGCUGGAGAUCACGUGGUCGCCGGCACGGGGGGCCAUCAUUUACGAGACGCGGGCGAUGGACCCCGGCGAGGUCAUCGUGUGCAAUGACACGGCCCCCGUCUGCGCCCUGUCCGACCUCAACUGCAACAGCCAGUACCGCGUGGCCGUUAUACCAUGCAGCGACAUCAGCGGCUGCAACCAAAACUGCCCCUCGCAAGUGCACGAGACAGGUCCCUGUAUGCCCACCAUCGAAACCGUGUCCCAGACCAACGGCACUGUGAGAGUGGUCUGGAGGUCGGAAAACCACGCCGCCAAUUUCACGGCCAGCCUCGUGUGUGACACGGGGACAGUCUCCUGUGACACAGAGGAAAACUCCUGCGAGAUCUCUGCAGACCAGAUAGUUUGCGGCUCCGACUGUGAUGUCUCUGUCAUCGCCACCUCUGGGGCUGGGGCAAGCUUUCCCAGCUACGUUGUUCCAUUAGAAACAGACCCCUGUUGUCCCGCGGAGCUAACGGUGACCCAGGUGACGCAGGCCAUGAGCAACGUGUCCUGGUCCCCGGCGCGCGGCGCCCACACCUUCCACACCUCGCUGACGUCGCCGCGCGGCCACGCCAGCUGCACCACGGCCGACACGCACUGCAUCGUGGGAUGCGUCACCUGCGGCACCAGCUACAGCGUGUCCAUGGAGGCCCGGAGCCGCACGGGGCGCCAGGCGCAGUGCAGCUACAGCGGCUUCUCAACCAGUGCGUGUUGUCCUACCGGCGUGCGUCUGUACAGCAUGGCCAACAACACGCUGCUGGUGUACUGGCGUUCCACCAGCGCCAUGGUACAGUACACUGCGGAGGUCUACGGUAGCCAAGGCAACCACACCUGCUCCCCGACCGUCCUCGGGGGCAACUCCUGUGACGUGGCCGACGUGACAUGCGGCGGCAUCUACACGGUCAUCGUGUCCCCCAUCAACCCCGACGGCACCGUCGUGCCAUUCUGCCCGCUGCGGCUGUACUCCGUGUCCUGCUCAGGAGGAUAUGUUGGAACCAUUGUCUACCGAGGCAAGAGGAGUGUGGAUUAGAAUCCACUCCAAUGUGUCAUUUCUGUCAUGAAAAUGUCUGGACAUCUACAGCAUCUAAAUCAUCCACAAUAUCCCUGCUGUAUCACCAGCCGCAAGAGCCAAGGACAAAAAAC